GACAUUUUAACCUCUCCGCGAAAUGGAAACGCACAGGAUAUGCAUUUUAUAUGUAAAAUCUACGUAGAAUUUGAUGUUUCUGUCUGCAACUUUGCCAGUUUCAACAUUCAGUCAAAAUUACAGGGAAUCAUUUUAGAGUUUGCCUAAAGCAACACCCCACUCCUUUUUUAAAGUGGUCGACCCCAUCCUGCUGCCAUGUUGGAUGUACGCAUCGCCGCUGCAGCUACUGGAGUUUCCGAAUGAAAGUUUAGCGUUUUUCCUUCUGCAGAUGCACAACGGGUCAUUACUUUUGUAAAUUAGCACCAAAAAAAGGAGUUAGCGUUCUUUCUGGACCAGUACCGAGCCAGGGAACACACUUCCCGUCCUCCUCCGCCCUCCAGCCCGGAGUCGGACUCAGCGGAGAUGAUCCGGUUGCAGGCCCCAGCAACCGGAGCCCGCAUGGAUUUUGUGUAAUCAGCAGAGUUUGUUUAGCCCGUCCGGGGUGAAUAACCGCAUCGUUUCGGGGUUACCCACAACAAAUUACGAGCCAUGAACAGUCACCCGCCGCCCCGCAGGCUCACAAACGUCGGCUCCCUCCUCCUGACCCCGCAGGAGAACGAGUGCCUAUUCGGCUACCUGGGCAGGAAAUGCUCCAGUCUGUGUUCAGCGGUGGUCCAGGUUUACGGGGCCGACCGGAGCGCCAUCUGGGUGAAGAGAUGCUGUGGGGUGGCUUGUCUGGUUAAAGACAACCCACAGAGAUCCUACUUCAUCAGAGUGUUUGACAUCAAAGAAGGGAAAAUCAUGUUUGAGCAGGAACUAUACCACAACUUCUCCAUCAGCUGUUCCAGAUCCUACUUCAUCUCAUUUGCAGGAGACACAUUUCAGAUUGGUCUGAAUUUUGCCAGUGAAGAAGAGGCCAAAAGAUUCAGAGUUGCCAUCAAUGACCUGCUUAACCGACGGCAACGCAAAACUGAGAAAAGAGGUGACCCUAAAAAUGGUCCAGCUCUGCACAUGGCCACAGUGGACAUCAAGAACCCGGAGAUCAACAACGUCAGAUUCCACAACUCCCACAGCCACCAGCAGCCGUACCACCUCAACAACAUGCUGAGCCACGGCGGUCUGACCCGCAAGGACAAGAAGACCAAAGGCAAGAAGAAGAAGCUGACCAAGGCUGACAUUGGCACGCCCAGCAACUUCCAGCACAUUGGACACGUGGGCUGGGAUCCAAACACAGGUUUUGAUCUGAACAACCUGGACCCUGAACUGAAGAACCUGUUCGACAUGUGUGGCAUUUCUGAGGCACAGCUGAAGGACCGCGAGACGUCCAAGGUCAUCUACGACUUCAUCGAGAAGAAGGGAGGGGUGGAAGCCGUCAAGAACGAGCUGAGGAGGCAGGCACCCCCUCCACCUCCUUCUCGUGGUGGACCACCACCACCUCCUCCUCCACCACACCAGAGCUCGGCUCCACCCCCACCUCCUCCUCCUCCAUCCAGAGGGGGCCGAGGAGCCCCUCCUCCCCCUCCUCCGUCCAGAGCACCUGCCUCAGCUCCUCCUCCUCCUCCGCCCUCCAGACCAGGAACUCUGGGUGCCCCACCUCCCCCACCACCUCCCACCAGAGGGGGUCACCAGCCUCCCCUUGCUUCACACCAUCACCACCACCAGCCUCCACCUCCUCCCCCUCCAUCCCCCUUGCACGCAUCCAUUACCCCCCAUGCCCCUCCACCUCCACCUCCCCCACAGCCCCACCAGUCUCCAGUCAACAGCGGGGGCAUCUCUGCCCCUGCUCAGCCGCCCCCUCCUCCUCCUCCUCCGCCCCCACCACCCGGCCCUCCUCCCCCUUCAGAGCUGGACGGCGUUGGUGGUGGCGGAGACUCGCCUCAUUCGCCAAGUCCAGGGGGGAAGUCGGCGCUGCUGGACCAGAUCAGGGGAGGAACUCAGCUGAAGAAGGUGGAGCAGAACAACCGAGCGCCGGCCUCCAACACCGGACGAGACGCUCUUCUGGACCAGAUCCGACAAGGAAUCCAGCUCAAGAACGUGCCGGAUCAGCCAGAGUCCAGCCCUCCGACGCCGGCCCCUACUGCAGGCAUCGUUGGUGCUCUCAUGGAAGUCAUGCAGAAGAGGAGCAAAGCCAUCCAUUCUUCAGACGAAGACGAGGAUGACGAUGAAGACGAGGACUUUGAGGAUGACGACGAGUGGGAGGACUAGUCUCCUCUCGCCCCACCAACCUAUCGCUUACACUAAAAUAUCUUGUAGAAAUCUUCCAGAAUCUGACUAAAAUUGUAAUGUAAAUGUUGUAUGACUUUGCUGUAUAUUUAUUUUUGCCUCUUUUUUUUUUUUUGCUUUUUUUUUUAUUAUGAUAAUGAUGAUUAAUCUGUGCAAUACCUCAUCCGUUAAAUCUGUUACGUUCAUGCACCCCAGCGUUGUUACAGACGUAACUUUUCAUCAGAAAUCGUCAGAAAGCACUUAAAUGUGUCAACAGCACAAUGUGGAGACUCGGCCGGCUACAUUUCAUUAUUAAUAAUAAUAAUAAUAAUAAUAAUAAUAAUAAUAUAAAAACACUAUCUGCUCCACUGAGAGGAAUUUGAGUCCUCAUAUGAUCCUUUGGGAAAUAUUUUCCGUGUUCAUUUCUCCGCGUAGGAAACGUGUAAAGGGAGACGUACGUGCGACCAAACAGGCAGGAUCCUCUUUGUGUUGAAAAAGCGGUCGACUUGAAUGCAAGAUAACACUAUUUUCUUACUGUGCUUCUUUUCAUACCUUUCAAGUUUCCUAAUAAAUUGUAGUUGUAGUUUAGCCAUGUUAUUUUUUCAUUACGAUAUUUUUCAUUGACCAAAAUAUGGCAGCAUGGUUGCCUCACGUGGAUUUUCAACUUUUAAUUUUUUUUUUUUUAAUUAUUAUUAUGUAAUUAAAGUCGUUUAUUUGCACACAG